AUGAAUUCCAAGAAAGAGUACCAGCAGAUUGCUGCAGACGAGGAAGCCAUCCAUGAAGAGCCCAGAAUUCGCCGCCCGACCAUCUGGCAUUACAUCUGCAUUUUCGUUCUUGCUCUGGGCUGGGCUGCAACAGUAGUACACAACUACCGCACGCAGCCAGUGGAACAUGAACAUGAAGAAAACGAAAGCACGAUGUUGCAUGUCUACCACAACACGCCGAUUCCAAGAGAGGUCUUCAAUCCGGUGAAGAAGGUCUUUGACAAGGACCCCCGCUACAUGGGCGACGGGCCUGAAGUGAACCAUUAUUGGGACAAGCUUGUUGCAGGCCACGACGCUGUAUGGAUCGAGAAUCCGGAAGAAUGGGGCCUGCCAGAGGGUAUCGUUGCGCCGUAUGAUCAUCCGAACACGCCGAACCCCAAGCCCACCGACUUCUACGUUAUCUCCAUCCUGCACCAGCUGCACUGCUUGAAUAUGAUCCGCUUCCAGUACUACCAGGAGAAGAACCGGGUCGACACGUCGGCGGACCCGGACGCGUUCAAGUGGAAGGUGCACGUGGAGCACUGCUUCGAGUACCUGCGGCAGGGCAUCUCGUGCGGCGGCGACUUGAUCAUCGAGGGCAGCAGCCCCAUCAACGUCGGCAAGGGCCACGCGACGUCGGUGACGGGCUGGGGCGUCGAGCACGACUGCAUCGACUUCGACCGGCUGCGCGAAUUCCAGAUCGACCAGGAGGCCAAGUACAACGAGACGUGGCAGCACGAGUAG